UAGCGACCUGGCGACCUUGAUGCUUUCACUCGCCUCCUGGCCGGGCGUGUGCAUGGCGCCGGACUCCCGAUGGCCGAGGACAGCAGGGCGGUGCGCUGUAACGCAUGGUGCACGCUGAUCUGCGGUGCCUUGGCCGCCCUGCUAGCUGCCUAUGCCUGUCUCGAGCCGGUCACCGCGCUCUUCGUGCCGGAGGUGGGCUGGUUCCUGCUGGUGCCCUCCUUGUUGAUCCUUCUCUUGGGCCUCAUCAGCUGCGUGUCGAGCGGACGCUCCAAGCUCUUCCAGGCUGGGCGUUGCGUAGCGCGGACGAACUCCACGCGCUGGGCGCGUCGUGACAGGACGAUCACGUGGUCCGAGUCCCAUGAGUCCCACGAGUCCCACGACGAGUAAAGACCAAGAGAGGUUUUUCGAGUCUCACGGCCUUGAGAGGGGCUCCUGGCAUCGCUACGAACGGAGCGAUCGGACGCUACUCGUGUGUGUGGGCGGCGGCCGAGUGGAGUCUGACGGGAUGUGUUUCACGGCUCGGUGGGCGGUGGCCCCACUUCACUCGACGGAUGGAACACAACACUUGUGAUGGGGCCGCCCCGCUUUGGACGCCUUCUCAUUUGAUGGUCAUAAUGACCUUGAGUUUCACUCACUGAGGGGAAUUUUUUCUUGGCUAAGCAGAACUAAGCAAGCCAUAAAGGCAUGGAGUAGCAUGCGUACUUGUAUGAUCUGGAGUUGGUCAUACCAAAACAGUUCUCCAGCAGGUAAAAGACCAGGUUGUACUGGGUCUUUGGACUUGUCAUGAGCGACGCAGGUCGGUGCUCCUUCAGCGCGCACCAGCCAAAACAUUGAUCAAGUGGGUCAUCGGGUCAUCCCGCCUUUUCACACCUG